GUUACUACGUGUCCUCAACAAAAUCAAUGGGGACUGACAUAUGACGAUGGACCUGGCCCAUUGACUGACGAUCUUCUUGGCGAACUUGCCAAGCGAAAGACAACAGCAACGUUUUUUGUUAUUGGAUCUCGUGUGCUGGAACGACCAGAUGUUUUAUUAAGAACAUACCAAGCAGGACACCAUAUCGGCAUUCAUACAUGGAGUCAUCCAUAUCUGUCGACUGUAUCAAAUGAGCAAAUCAUUGCUGAAAUCACUUAUACUAUCAUGGCAGUCAAGACCGUGAUUGGAGUUACGCCUGCGUUUGUGCGUCCUCCCUAUGGUGAUAUUGAUGAUCGUGUACGUACAGUACUAACCAACUUGGGACUCACGAUUGUCGAGUGGAAUGUGGAUCCACAAGAUACUGCAGCACGCGGAGAUGUUGCACAACAGUUUGCUACUAAAGCUAAUGCUGGUAGUGCAGGUGUCAUUUCACUUGAACACGACAU